CAACCCGCAAUGCACCUGUGACUUCAUACAGACUUCAUCUUUUGGAUCCUGUCCACUUCUGUUUCAUCUGAGACCACCUGCUUCUGGGCUGAGAAUGCAUGAUUACCCAUGAUCAUCCUUACCAUCACUCACAAGAGAAACAGACCUGAGAACGACGUCCUGAAACUUCUCUGUUAAUCACUGGGAAGAGUCUGGAAUAGAAUUAUUAAAAGCAAAAUAAGGAUCUGAGAUUAUCGAGCUCUCAUGGAUUGAUCUCCACCCGGGCUGUGAAUAUCUCACCAUGACAACAAUGCCCUCUCGAUUUGGCACUGCGGUGCGGAUCUUCAUCACCACCCUAUUCGCAGCAGUGGUGCUUUUUGCUAUCCUACUAGCCUAUGUGACAGGCUACCAGUUCAUCCACACGGAGCAGCACCACCUGUCUUUUGGCCUGUACGGUGCCUUUCUGUCCCUCCACCUCCUCCUGCAGAGCCUCUUCGCCUAUCUGGAGCACCGACAGAUGCGUGGCCCCUCCAGACCUCAGCACCUGCGUCACACCGUGGCCCUCUGCAUCGCAGCCUAUCAGGAAGAUCCGGACUACCUUCGCAAGUGUCUGCGGAGCAUUCGUCGCAUUUCUUUUCCGGGGCUUAAAGUGGUGCUGGUGGUGGAUGGGAAUCGUCAGGAGGAUUCCUACAUGAUGGACAUCUUCCAGGAGGUGAUGGGGGGAGUGGAGCAGACGGGUUGUGUGGUGUGGAAGGGGAAUUACCACAGCGACGGGGAUGGGGGAGGAGGGAAAGGCUCAUUGCAUGCCGAGGAAGCUGCACAUGUGGCCAGGGUGGUGCGGAGCUGCCAUUACUCCUGCAUCAUGCAGGAGUGGGGUGGCAAGAGAGAGGUGAUGUACACAGCCUUCAAAGCACUGGGAGAUACUGUGGAUUACAUACAAGUAUGUGAUUCUGACACUGUACUUGAUCCAGCCUGCACCAUUGAGAUGCUGAAGGUUCUAGAGGAGGAUCCACAAGUGGGUGGGGUGGGAGGAGAUGUUCAGAUUCUGAACAAGUACGACUCCUGGAUCUCCUUCCUGAGCAGUGUCCGGUAUUGGAUGGCGUUCAACAUAGAGCGGGCCUGCCAGUCUUACUUUGGAUGUGUGCAGUGCAUCAGUGGACCUCUGGGAAUGUACCGCAACUCUCUCCUCCAACAGUUCCUGGAGCCCUGGUACCACCAGACCUUUCUAGGAAGCAAGUGCAGCUUCGGUGAUGACCGGCACCUCACCAACCGCGUCCUCAGCUUCGGCUACAAAACCAAGUUCACGGCACGCUCGCAAUGCCAGACCGAGACCCCCACGCAAUACCUGCGCUGGCUCAACCAGCAGACCCGCUGGAGCAAGUCUUACUUUCGAGAGUGGCUCUACAAUGCGCUUUGGUUCCACAAGCACAGCCUCUGGAUGACCUACGAAUCUGUGGUCACUGGGUUCUUCCCCUUCUUUCUGGUGGCUACAGUCAUCCAUCUGUUCUACCGAGGUCGGUUGUGGAACAUCUUGCUUUUCUUGCUGACGGUCCAGCUGGUGGGCAUGGUGAAGGCCACCUAUGCCUGCUUCCUACGGGGCAGCCUUGUUAUGAUCUUCAUGUCCCUGUACUCACUACUCUACAUGUCAAGCUUGCUGCCUGCCAAGAUCUUUGCCCUGUUGACUAUUAACAAAGCAGGUUGGGGCACAUCAGGCAGGAAAAAGAUAGUGGUAAACCUUAUUGGAGCUGUGCCUGUGACCACGUGGGUGGCCAUACUGCUCGGUGGCGUGGUUUAUACCAUUUACUGCGAGGUGCAAGAACCCUUCAGUGAGACUGAGAAGGCUCUUCUCAUUGCAGGCACCAUCCUCUAUGCCUGUUACUGGCUCAUACUUCUGGUGCUCUACCUGGCCAUAGUGGCCAAGCGUUGUAACAAAAGAGAGGAACAAUACCACCUAUCCUAUGCCGAAGCAUAGUCUUUCUAAAAGAUCAAUACAUGCUGUAAGAGCUCAUUUGACAUGGACCUGUCUUUACCUGGUGCUGCAAUCCUGGAUAUAGUUAUGGAUCAUGUGCAGGUCCAAGACUUAACUAUGUUCGCUACGGCUACAUGAGAGCUUUUGGACAAAAUCAUUAAAUUUUGAGAAAGCUAUGAUUUACGUGAGUUAAAAUCAGGAAUUGUGCUCCUCGUGAUUAUAAAGCACACAUGGAGGAGGCGCCAGCCAAGGCGGGCACAACAAGUAAAGCCAAAGGUUAGUGUAAGAGUGAUAAGUUAAUAUAGUUAAGAUGACAUAUGAAGUUAAAGGGUUAUAACUGGUGCUUGAACUUUUGAUAAUUAUACAGAAUAUGUGCUGUUAAGGUUAGAGAGGUGUGUGCCAAAAUUUAAAGAAACUUGCAUAAGACACUAACCUGGUUUUACUUGCCAAAUACAGUCAGUAUUUUAAUGUCUCUAAUCUGACAAUCCAGCAUAAUUCUAUAUUUCAUCAUUUGAAAUUGUGGUGCUUCUGAUACUUUUGUGGUGUAACAUGAUAGAACAAGAGCAAACAGCAUUUAAAUGAGAGAUUUCUGUUACUCCACAAUGAUUUACUUCACUGCAGGCUACAUGUUUACAAAAUUUUAAAAGUUACAUCCAGUACCAGUGAAUAAAUAGUGUCAGGCAACCAAAAAGGAUUUUCUCUAGCAUCUACAAUGUUCUGUUCGAGGAGGAUAAUUUGCAAAGUUUUACUUGGAUUCCUAUUUUUACCCAGUAUUCUCCAACUUGGUAUAAGUAUAUAAUAAAAGGUCAUAUUUUACUUUUAUUAUAGAUCAAAAAUGAUUAUUUAUGAAAAAUACUUAAAUAUUGGAAUCUGGUGAUCCUGACAAAAAACCUUUUCUGUAAUUUUUAAACUUAUUGUUCCUAUCAUUCCUAUUAAUUUAAAUAAAAUGGUCGGUUAUCAAAAUAAAUAAACGUGAAUCACACGAACUGAAGUAGCUUAUUUAUGCUAUGCAAAUUUGUGUGUUUAAAGAUUACUUUAUAUGGAGCAAAUUAUACACAGUGGAUUUUCAUUCCAGCUUUUUUCCCCAGCCUCAGCCAUCCUAAUGCAACAAUUAGCAGAUUUAGCAUUCUCCGUGAAUGCUAACGCUAACUUUUUCUGCUCCCUUCCCCCAAAACACACAUUAAACUCUGGCAGAAAUAAACACAGAGGCUAGUGUUCAAAUGUGUGCAUGGACAAGUUUAGAAAUAUUUACCCACUUGACUUGUGCACUACAUGUGCGAUACUGCUGUGGACUGCAGCA